AGAGCCAAUGGCGCAGGAUUAUUAAAGGCAGUUGAUCUGAGAAGAGUAUACAUACAUAGUAUUUCCCUCUCUCCCUCGUUGUCUCCAGCCAUCAUUCCUCGUGGCUAGUGUGUGUGUGUUGUGGAAUCUCCGAAUGUUGCGAUAGACAGCUAGUAAGGCUUUCUCCUCGCAUCCUGUCCCUUUUUCAUCCUCUUUUCUUUGAUUUUCGUUCAAUCUCCCUGUUUUAUUUAUAUUCCCCCUCUAAUUCCUGGACCAAGUGCCUUUCUUCCUCCCCCGCGCCCAAUACCCGGAUUCUCUCACCAGGAACGCUUCCACGCCGGGCACUGCCUCUUCGCUUUAUUUUCUUGUUUUCUGUCCUCUUCAGGCAUCACCUUUCUCCUCCUCUUACUUUUCUCUCUUCCUCUCCCUUCUCCUCCCUCCAUCCCACCUACAUGGACUUCAAGUUCAGCAGGUUCGGCUUCAGACGCAAGAAUCCGUCCUCAUCAUCCUCCAAUAAUACCACGCCCACCACAAGCGCUGCUCCUCAGAUUCCUCCAAUCCCCAACCAGUCGACUCAAACUCUCAUCGCCCCUCCUUCCAACGGUGCGACCUCACCCGGUUCUGCGCCCUCUCACACCAGCUCGUCCUCGACUAGUCUUCCUAUGAACCCGAACCCAAACGCUCUGGGGCGGCCCCCGAGUUAUAGCUACAACCGAUCCGCCAGCCCCAUGCCGCCUCAGCAGAUGCCGCACCACCCUCCGCCGCUCAAUACCAACGUUCAAUAUACCCAGCCCGCAAUGCAGCACAUGGGCGCCCCGCCGGGUUACGGGUUACAACAAACUGUUGCGCCGCCAGUGCCUCCAAUGCAUCAGCCUCAAUACCUGAGAAACCCUGCCGUGGAAGUCGAAGGAUCGGGUCGCAGCAAGGCACAGCUCAUCGUGGGUAUUGACUUUGGUACCACGUUUUCCGGUGUGGCCUUUGCCUUUGCGACCAACAAUGAAGCGCGAGAGGAUAUCAUAACCGAAUGGCCUGGCGCCGGUACCCAUACUAAACAAAAGAUCCCAACAGUACUAUACUACGAUCAAUACCAGAAAGUGGUAGGAUGGGGACCGGACAUCGCAGACGCUCUCGCUCCAACUGGCUAUCCGAAGCCGGGGGUACAAAAAGUCGAAUGGUUCAAGCUUCAACUUAUGCUCUCCGGCAACACCUACAUCGAUCCCAUUAACCUGCCCCCCUUGCCUCCGGGCAAGUCGGAAAUCGAUGUGGCGGCCGACUAUCUAUACAAGCUGCGACAAGCGAUGCGGAACCAACUCCAAAAGACGCUGGGAGAGGUGUUCACCCGUGAGGAACGCAAUAUCCGGUAUUAUCUCACGGUGCCUGCCAUCUGGAAUGAUGCAGGCAAGGCUGCGACCCGUGCUGCAGCCAUCCAAGCGGGAUUCCUGCGUGACGAGAACGACCCCCGAUUGACAUUGAUCUCAGAGCCUGAGGCGGCGGCUCUCUUCUGUGCCAAAACGGGUCUACUCAAUCUAAAGGUUGGCGAUGCCAUCCUAAUCGUCGACUGUGGUGGAGGUACCGUGGAUUUGAUCGCAUACGAAGUUGAAGAGGAGCAGCCGUUCAGCGUGGCCGAGUGUACAGCCGGUUCUGGAGACUCCUGCGGUUCAACAGCUCUCAACCGAAACUUCAGUAACAUCCUGCGGGCAAAGAUCCGGAAGAUGAAGUUGCCCGACGGUUCACGCACGGCCGGAAAGGUGUAUGCCAAGUGUAUCAUGGACUUUGAGAAUCGUAUCAAGGCAGACUUCCGCAACAAUGGUCAAAAGUGGGCCGUGGAUGUGGGUAUCGAGGCCGAUUUUGCUGAGGCUGGCAUUGAGGAUGGAUACAUGACCUUUACCAAUGAGGAAAUCCUUCAAUGUUUUGAGCCUGUCGUCAACCGUAUCCUCGAAUUGGUCCGCAACCAGAUCAUCGCCAUCCAGGCACAGAACAAGUCGCUUCAGAACGUCCUUGUGGUCGGUGGAUUCGGUGCCUCCGAGUAUCUAUUCCAGCAAAUUAAACUCCAUGUCCCGCCUCAAUACCAAUCGAAGGUUGUCAGACCCAUGGACUCCGUCGCAGCGAUCGUCAAGGGAGCCGUCACCGCAGGAAUCACGGAACGAGUCAUCACCCACCGUGUCGCACGUCGGCACUACCUCAUGGCCACUCUCCAACCAUUCAAGGAAGGAUACCACCCCGAACAGUACCGUGUGCCCAGCUUGGACGGUCGGGAUCGGUGCAAGUACACCCGACAGAUCUUUGUGCAAAAGGGCGAACGUGUCAAGAUCGGCGAGCCGGUCAAGGUCAGCUUCUUCCGCCAGGUGGCGCCUGGAGCGACUCUUAUGUACGAGGACAUCUUGUACGCGUGUGACGAGGAUGUCUGUCCUGAAUACACAAAGGAUCCUCGCAUCAAGGAAGUCGUCACCCUUACAUCCGACCUCUCGCGGAAGAACCUCGAAACCGAUUUCGAACGCAUGGAUACCCCCCAGGGUACCUUCUACCGCGUGUACUUUGACAUCUACCUCACCCUCGACGGCAGUGAGUUCAGUGCGGAGCUUGUCUGCCAAGGAGAGAUUAUGGGCCGCUGCAGGGCCAAGUUCAAGUAGAUGCUUCGCAUGAUUGUUGAAAAGGAAAGGGCAAAAAAGUCAUGACAUUGAACGAAGAUGGGAGGAUGGAACGAGUUUAUAUACCCCGAAUUUUUGUAUACAUUUUUCUUUUUUUUUAGUUGAUCUAUAUCAUUGAGCGAAUCAAGCAGGGGAUGAUCUUUUACCAAGA